UUAAAUCUUUAGUAUGCAGGGAUUGCUACCUGGAUCAGGGCUGAUGAUUAUUUUAGUAAACAAAAUGGCCAUGUAGGGCAUCGAUAUUAUAAUUUAUUUUGUGAUACAUUCAUUUGUAAAAAGGUAAAUCAAAUCAGAAAUACUUAUCAAAAUCUUAUAAUUAUUUCCAGGUACAAGGAGAGAUUUCACACUUUGUCCUGGGCUGAUGUCUAUGAUAAAAACUUCCCUAUGAUGAUGCUUGUGAUUGAUGUGUUAAAUUGUAUUCCUCCAACAAGUGUUACAUGUGAGACCACAUUCUCUCAAAUGAAGUUAAUAAAAACCAGUGGGCGUACAAGGCUGAGAAAUUCCACCCUGAACAACUUAUUGCUGGUUAAACUACAGAGUCCUGGUAUUGGAGAGUUUAAUCCCGACUCUUCUAUUGGCAAGUGGAUGGCUUCAUCUUUAAAACCUAGACGAGUUACCUACAAACGUAAACAAAAGCAGUUAGAACAAUCCUGUAACAAGGUUAUUGUAAUGGAAGCAUGUGAUUCAGAUGAUGAGACAAUAGAAACUGAAACAGAUGAUCCGACAGUUGAAAAAGAUGAUGUGGCAGGAGACAUGACCAAUGAUGAUAUUGAACAAUUAAACAAUAUUUAUGAGAAAGAGGAAGCUGAUGAUGAAUUUUGUGUUGAGUUCCGUUAUGAAGGAGACAACUGUCUCUCUCUUUUCACUUUUGCAAGAGACUCUUAAACAUAAGGAAAUAAUUUGAAUGUCUUGCAAUGACUUUUUAUUUGCAUUGUUCUAAGUUAGAACUGGUUUUCCAAAUUUUUCUGAUGUCAUUUCAAUUAUUGCUUUGUUUAUGUGCAUUUUUGAGAGAUAUAGAGCAUAAAAUGAUGAAAUUUGUUGUAUUUUUGUUGGAGUAUCUUAAUGUAAGAAUUUCUGCCGAUAAUGAAAUUUUGGUCUGGUAAAAUUACUUUUGGUCUGGUAAAACUACAUUAUUUACCAGACCGAAUGUCCUGUAAAAUUAAAUUUCAUUCGCGUACAUGGAAUAUGCCAGCAGAGCAAUUGCUAUUCAUAACGCCAUGUUCACUGAAUAACGUUGUUUCUUAAAUGUAGCUAACUUUUGCAUACUUUUCAUUUUCUGAUUAGUGUAGUAUAUUUUAUUUUUAGGUCACCUGAGUAAACUCAUGUGACAUAUUGCAAUUGGUUAUCGUCCGUAGUCGUGCGGUA